ACAUGCCUCUCUCUCCUUUUUUCUCUCUUCUUCACCAUGUGUUUUUAUAAUAUUUUAUUCAAUGUUAUGCAUUAGUAAAUGCAUAACUUUCCUCCAUUUCUAGUUCUCGUCAGUGAGAAGAACUGAAAACUGGCAACCAACCAUGGAUGCUCUUUUAGCAUCUUACGGCGAUUCAGACUCAGACUCGGACUCGGACUCGAACUCGAACUCGUCAACACCAGUCUCAAUUCCGCCUCAGAAUCCGCCGCCGUCGCAAUCUCCGUCGCCAUCGCCGCUUCCUCCGCCUCCACUAUCUCUCCUCACCCCACCAAAUUCUCUCCUUGGUACAAUUGAUAACUUGCAAACGGGUCAACCCGCAAGGGUUCGGAGCUUUCCCCAUGUAGAAGGCAACUAUGCUGUACAUGUUUACAUCCCAGUUUUUAUACCACAACCAGCAAGGAAAGAGGCUUCCCAGUUCAUAAAAAAAGUUUCAUCAAGUGUUCCUGGUCUACAUGUCAUUGAUGCUGACAUCCCACUCGAAAAUAUUUUAAAUGAUGAUCAGAAGCUUGAACACAUUGCCUUAGGGAGAGAAUUUCAUAUAAGUUUAGGAAGAACUGUCCCUAUCAGGGUGCAUCAAAUAGAUUCAAUGGUCACCAUGCUUCGACAAAAGUUGCAAAUUCAGAAACGGUAUUGGAUUGAUUUCAAUAAAUGGGAGGUAUUUGUCAAUGACGAUCAUACGCGGGCCUUUCUUUCUUUAGAAGUCACUACAGGAGGUUUGCCAGAGAUAACAAAGCAGAUUCAAGCUGUUAACGAAGCCUACAGGCUCCACAAUCUUCCUGAAUUUUACAAGGAUCCUCGACCUCAUAUAUCAUUAACAUGGGCGUCUGGUGAUACAAGUGAUUUACUGCGAAGAGUAGUAGAAGAAGCAAAGAAACAUCCUGAAGGCAGGAAUUCAUUACAGAAACGGGUUUUCACUGCUAAAUUCAGUGGUAUAGAGUGCAAAAUAGGCAGUAAAACCUAUAAAAUCUGUAAAUUGCCAGAUGAUUGAGAAUUUUCGGUCAAUUGGAUGAUCAUGGGGCUCACCAUAGAGAGUGAAUGUUCAUAAUUUAAAGUUUAUAUAGAAACCCAUGAUGUAGGGCCUGUUUAGAAGUGCAGUUUGUUCAACCCCUUUGUUAUUAUUGCAUAGGUACUCAGAUACAAGGAAUGAAGGAAAUGUGGUCUGUCUUCUUGUAAGUUGGAUUAUUCUUAAACUCUUUUUAUUACUCAAUCUUAGUAAAAUACAUAGUAAUGUAGUUUAGGAGAAUUUGACACAAACUGUUGCUGUACUAAGUAAGAAAUGAGAUUUUUGCUACCUUUGUUUUCUUUUAUUUGCAACAAAAAGGUAUUUUAUGUGAGACAUUAAAAAUA